AUGGCACAGGAAGUGCGGCGCGUCUCUGCCGAGCUCCGCAGCCUCGCGGCCGGCGGCGGUGUGGACGUUGAGGCGGCUGCAGCAGAGGCGCGGGACGUCCACCAGCAGCUCUCUUCGGAGCUUUCGUGCCUGUCUCUCUCACAGAACCAGCUUGACCUCCACAGCAGCAGACGGCAGGAUUCCCAGCCGGCGAACAACGUUACCUGGUUGGAGGAUGAGCCGGGUCAUUAUGACCAUCGGUCCCCAUCCAGGUCCAUGCGAGCUCACACUUCAGCCGGCCCCCUCGAUGCGUCGAAGACGUGCGACACUGAUCAAGCGGACAUGUCCACGCGCUUCGAGCCUACUGGACUGAGCUCCAUCCCCCUGAGCCUGCGGGAUUCCUUCGAGACCUUACAGCAGCUAGAACGACAGUUGGCUGGAGCUGCACACGCAGAAGUGCCUGCGGAUGAGGCCUUGCACGAUGCCGCUGCCGAAGCGCUAAGGAUCACGACUCUUCUGAGGCGCUGCCGCCGUUUGGAGGAGUUGCUCCGUAUGCUGCAUGAGGGCGCUGCGAAGCCGCAGCUGGCCAACCAGGCGCCCGACAGAAAGGAGGGUCCUUUGGCGCAGAGCGCUGCUGAAGGCGGCCUGUGUGGCGAAGAGGAGCUACGCUCAAUCGCCAACUUCGGCCUCAAGAGCGACUCAGCUGUGCGGUCUGGGAAGCUGCUGAUUAGCAGCGAGAUUGAGCGGCUGCGAUCCCUCAGCGAUCUCCUGGACCAGCGAAGUAGGCUCACGGCAAGGGUCGGCGCGGCUUUGCGACCCGCGUGCCCGGUUGCGAGAUCGUUGAAGGUUUCCAAAAGCAGGGCCAACUCGUCCGCAUCAGGAUUCGACCGCCGCAGCAUCCACCACCAGCUUCAUCGAAGCUGGCAUUCGUCCAUGGACAUGGAUGGCUAUCUCAGAGAUCAGCUUCGGUUUAUCCAGCAGGCUCGCAGUCGCUUUGGUCCCACCGACCUGAAGCCUUUCUCGUUUCGAGAAGCCUGCGGUGAGUGCACAGAGCUCUGA